GUUUUGCCAUCUCCAACGAAUAUGUUGCUUGUGGCGGGAAUAAAUCAUAAUUCCAUCGAUUGUUGACCAAUUCAUUAAUGUUUAGUCUCUUAAAAUGUUUGCGGUAUACAAAGUGUUCGCGUUACUUUCACAGCACUAAGACUAUAAGGAAUAAAGAAAUGAAAUUUCUCAAUGUGGCCGAAAAGAACGAUGCGGCCAAAACCAUCGCUGGCCUUUUAUCCAAUGGAGCUGCACAUCGACGUGAAGGCUACUCGGUGUACAACAAAAUUUAUGACUUCGAAGCUCAAGUGCGGGGUCGCAAUGCCAAAAUGGUUAUGACUUCCGUCUCUGGUCAUUUGAUGCAGCUGGAGUUCCUCGUCUCAUAUCGCAACUGGCGCAACGUUGAUCCACGUUCGCUCUUCGAUGCUCCAAUUCGCAAAACCGUCGGCGAGGACUAUCAGGGCAUUAAGAGGACGCUGGAACGUGAAGUACGCGGCUGCCAAGGGUUGAUCAUUUGGACGGAUUGCGAUCGCGAGGGCGAAAAUAUUGGCUACGAGAUCAUCGAAGUUUGUCGCGCCAUCAAGCCCAAUUUGACCAUCUACCGUGCCAGUUUCUCAGAGAUUACAACACCCGCAGUUCGACGUGCAUUGCAGCAACUUGGCGAGCCGGACAAAAGGCAGAGCGAUGCUGUCGAUGUGCGUACCGAAUUGGAUCUGCGCACUGGAGCAGCCAUCACACGGUUUCAGACGCUGCGUUUGCAACGCUUAUUUCCCGAGAAGAUUGCUGACAAGCUCAUAUCCUAUGGCAGCUGUCAGAUACCCACGCUAGGCUUUGUGGCCGAGCGCUACAAGGAGAUCGAAGCGUUCGUAUCAGAGGCUUUCUGGAAGAUAAGAGUGCUGCACACCAUCGAAGAGCUGACCGUGGAGUUCAAUUGGGCACGGAAUCGACUGUUCGAUAAGGAGGCGUGUGAGAACUAUCUGCUGCUUUGCCUGGCGGAGCCGGAGCCGCGUGCCACCGUUGAGAGCGUCACCGUAAAACCCAAGCACAAGUGGCGACCCACUCCCCUGGAUACGGUGGAAAUGGAAAAACUGGGAUCGCGUAAACUAAAACUCUCGGCCAAGGAAACCAUGACGAUAGCCGAAAAGCUGUACAGUAAAGGCUUAAUUAGCUAUCCACGUACCGAGACGAAUCAGUUCUCUAAGGAAUUUGCGCUAGCACCACUUGUCGAGCAACAGACGGAGCACGAAGCUUGGGGUACGUUUGCGCGUCGCGUGCUGGAAUGGGGUCCAAAUCCGCGCAAUGGUAACAAAUCGGAUCAGGCGCAUCCUCCGAUACAUCCCACAAAGAUGGUGACAAAUUUGCAGGGCAACGAGGCUCGUGUCUAUGAACUGGUUGUGCGACACUUUCUCGCCUGUGUCAGCAAAGAUGCCGUUGGUUCGGAGACCAUUGUCAAUAUUGACAUUGCGGGCGAGAAGUUUAGUGCAAACGGCUUGGUUAUUCACGAGCGCAACUACUUGGAUGUCUAUGUGUAUGACAAGUGGAGUGCUAAGCAGAUUCACGACUAUAAACAGGGUCAGCGCUUUGAACCCACCGAGAUUAUGCUGCAUGAGGGCGCCACAACAGCGCCACCUUUGCUCACCGAGGCCGAUCUGAUAGCGUUGAUGGAGAAGCAUGGCAUUGGCACCGAUGCCACGCAUGCUGAGCACAUAAACACCAUCAAGGAACGCGGAUACAUUGGCGUCGUGGACAAGGGCGCCCUCAUUCCCGGUGUCAUUGGCAUGGGCUUGUAUGAGGGCUACGAUGCCAUGGAGCUGGCUCUGGCCAAACCGCAGCUGCGUGCUGAAUUCGAGGCGGACUUGAAACGGAUCUGUUUGGGUGAAAAGGAUCCCAAGCAGGUGCUGCGCGAGCAAGUUGCGAAGUACAAGCAGGCCUAUCAGCAGAUCACCGACAAAAUUACCGCCAUGGAUGCGAAGAUAUCGCAACGUUUGAAUGAAACUCCCGUGGCCACGCCCGCAAAUGAUACUGCACCCGAAGCAAACGGCAGCAUGAUACGCGAGUUGUUCCAGUGCCCCAAAUGUGAUAUGGCGCCAUUGGCACUGAAGCCCAAAAAGAAUCCGGGCAGCUUCUUCAUUGGAUGCCUCAAUUUCCCCGAUUGCAAGAACGUAGUGUGGCUACCCGAGGACUGCAAGGAUUACCAAGUGCUAGACGAGUGCUGUGCUCAAUGUGGUGAGGGUUACCACAUGCUCAAAUUCCGCUUCAGCACGCCCUACUAUCGCGGACUGUUUAAUGCACCCAGUGGCUGGUACAAGAAUUGCCUGCGAUGUGACGAGUUGUUUCGCAGCACCUUCAACAUUAAUCUGGAUCAGGUGAAGCGUGUGGGACGCAUUGUGGCUCAGACGAACGGCGCUGGUAGUGGACCAGGUCCUGGGCCAGGUGGCGGUGGCUCUAGAUCAGGUGGUGGAGCGACUGUCAGUGGCUGGGGCACGGCUGGCGGAGGUGCUGGUGGCGACGGCGCUUCAAAGGCCUCAAAGUCAAAAGGCAACACUGCAAGCAAAACCACAAAGAAAGCUGCAGGUGGAGUCGCGGCCAGCAGAAUGAAGCGAAAUAGCAAAACUGAAGCUACAACUGGAACUGGUGGUAUCAGAAGCUACUUCACGGGAGCCGCUAGCUCAAGAACUGCCAGUCUGGAUGGCUUCUUUGACAGCAAUGAUGGUUUCGAAGAGCAGAUGCUUGCGGCCGCCUCAGUUGUUGAAACGAAUCCGCUGCCAGCAGCUGAGCUGGACGACGAUAUUGCCGCCGCCUUUGCUGCCGAUGAUGAUGCUGACUUCGAGGCAUUGGUUAACGCAGGUGGCAGCAAUCCGCAGCCACCUCCCUCACCGCCACCAGCAGGCGAGCCACAGAAUUUAGACGACAGCUUGACUCAAUGGAUGAAAAAAAAAUACGAGGCCGACGAGGUGCCAAUGGUGUGGGGCAGACAAGCGCGUGCUGCCGCUGAGGCACAGCCAGCGCCCAAGCGCGUGCGACUCAGCGAUGCUUCAAUGCCAGACGCAGUUGCUCCUAGCGCGGUUCUUUGCAGUGGCUGUCAUCAGCCAGCGCUUCAGCUCACGACACGUUCUGCUGGUCCCAAUCAAGGACGACAGUUUUACAAGUGUCCCAAGCAACAACAGUGCAAGUUCUUCCAGUGGGCUGAUGAGCAGCCGCCUGCCACAUCAGCCGAUAAUCCUACACUAGUGGCUAACAGUGGAGCAGCAGCACAAACAAGAACACAAGAUUCCCAAGACAAAGAUACAUGGGGAACGGCUGGAGCAGCAAAUCGCAAUAACAAUUCCUGGGGAACUUCGCAAAAUUCUGAUGCGUGGGGCAGCGGUAAUAGCUCGUCAGGCUGGGGCACAGGUGGAGCUGCGCAGCAAAGAUCUAGAGGAUCAGAGGAUUCUGAGACGUGGGGAUCAAACGGUGCUGCAAAUCGUCGAGGCAGCACUUCGAACGAAACUAUAUCCUGGGGCAGCGCUGGAGCUGCAGUGCCGACAUCAAGAACAUCACAGGAUUAUAGCCAUAACGCAUCUAGUUGGGGCACAGGCGGAGCAGCAAAUCAAAAAGCGGGAAGCUCAAAUGCAAAUUGGGGCAGAAAUAACGCUACCGAAACUAGCUCAUGGGGCAGCAGCAAAAACAAUACUUCUAGCUGGAACAAUUCACAACCCAACCGAAACAACGUCACAAAAUCUGCCGCUACAAGUCGUGGCAACAACUCGAAUAUAACUUCUAGCUUUGGCGGGACCAAAAUGCGUUCCAAUUCCAGCAGCACAGUGACCAUUACGCAAAGUCCCAAGCGACCAGCAGCUAACUCCAACAAUGUUCAAUGCAAUUGCGGCAAACCCGCCAUCAGUCUGAUUGUGCGCAAGGAAACGCCAAAUAAAGGACGACCUUUUUAUUCCUGUGCCAAUCGAGAAAAAAGCUGUGGUUUCUUCCAGUGGGCCGACACUGAUGAGAAUCAGGGCAAUCAGCAACAAGGUCGCUCUUCGGCAACAACGGGCGCAAGAGCAGCACCAGCUCCUACAAAUGGCAAUCGACAAGCACGUCGCUGUGGAUUGUGUCGUGAGGAGGGACAUACAAGGAACAAGUGUCCACGUAAGAACGAUUUCGACUGCUGAAUGAAAAACGGAAAGAGCAGACUUCAGUAAAUAUAAUUUAAACAUUUAUUGGAGCGAGCAACAGAUAUCAGUUGGUUAUAUAGUCCAAUCCUUCCUAGGUUUGGGUUACAAGCAUUUGUAGCGCGAAAAAAAAGAUAUGUAAAAUAAGGUACACAUUUUGUAUAUACUGUAUAUACGAUAUCGUAAAGUGCGACCCAUGU